AUGUCCUCGUUCCGCCCCGCCGUUACACCUACGACCUCAUCAUACCCAUUGCCCUCGGCCCCCGCCUCCCAUUACGUUGGACCACCAGCCGGACCGUACUUGACCUUCCCCUCCAACCCGCCGCGGUCCUCGUCCCUUGCCGCCAGCAACCCCCCACGUACAUCGUCACUCUUGCCGCCCGCGAGAAUUGCGGUAGAUCCGGGCUCACCACAGGUCACCGACCCCCUCCUCCGGGAAACCUUUAAUGACCCCCGACCGGCGCCCCCGGUCCCCGAUUCGGUCAAAGAAGGUGAACCGAGACACAAAAGGGGGCAUUCGCGGUCGGGAAGCGCUGGCGGCCUGAGCGACACUCUGCGCAACCUUAACCGCUGGUCGGCUUCGACAACAUCGAGCCGAGCAUCCCACCUCGCCGACUUUACUCGCCGCUCCAGAACCGGGACCGAACUGGCCGCAAUAACAACCAUCCCACCGCUCCAAAGUUUGCCGCGCAUCUCGACCGGACCCUCUCUGGCGCAUGAAGUCUUGGAAUCCAAUGUGCUAAGCCGGUUUUCGGAAACUGAACAAGCUCGACCUCGCCCGCAACUAUCUGGAGAUAUCGAGAGGUCUUGGGAUGGUCGACCGGGACGGGAGGAACAAGGAGAAGCAUCGCAGCAGGUCAAUCUCGCCGAACCGCCGCACUUGCCAGGUAUGAUCACACACGAGCCCACCAUGCCAUACACGCAAAAUGGCCAGGCUAGGGGCCACUCGCGCAGCCGAUCCACCGGGGCGAAGGGCAGCGCAGACACCACCGUAUCCACAAGAAGCCGGGAUAAGGACCGCGACCGGGAUAGGGAGCGCGAACGCCAGAGCAAGCCCCCAUCUCAGAAGGCAAUGCUAUCAAAAGCCCUUCAAAAGGCAAACACGGCAGUUCAGUUGGACAAUGCGCAAAAUUUUGAGGGUGCUCGGAGGGCCUAUGCCGAGGCCUGUGCUGUGCUCCAGCAGGUACUGUUGCGUACCUCUGGGGAAGAGGACCGGCGAAAGCUCGAGGCCAUCCACGAAACCUACUUGGGCCGAGUCAUGGAACUUGACGAGCAGCUUGUUGAUAUAGAGCCCGAAGGGAAAGCGCUGCCCCAACGUCCGGAAAGCGACGCGCUGAGCGCGCAGAUAGCAGUCAACGAAUACUCGGGACCAUUGACAGGUGUGCAAGAGCGUCGCCAGGAUGAGUUUGACACGCAGCACAAUCACUAUGCUCAGGAGUUAGCCAAAAACGCUGCCGCGUCCCAAGCAUCACCACUUCUCACAGCGCAAGCCUCUAAUAGGGAUGAAUCUUCAUCCUAUCUGACCCAACAGUACUCGUUGCAGUCGGCCUUCUCGAGGGCGAGGUACAACGACGGGUCGACAUUACGGCCCCCCACAAUGGAUAACACCUAUAUGCCGCCACCCUUGUCUCCCCGAAGAGCGCUAUCGCCUGCCAGACGCUCUUCUUCCCCGCCUAUCCAUGAGAGCCCGCAGCGGCCCCCUCCCGAUAUCCCCGUCUCCAACGGCAAGCUGGCACCACAUACGGCGCACUCGGGCCAUCAGCGUGUCAAUAGCCAUGAGUCUGUCUCGUGGCUCGACCCAAUUGACGAAUCAGAGCGGUCCGACACGGCAUCGGUGCACUCGCGGUCGUCCUCGAGGAUCAGGAGAAAGCAUAUCCGAGCUGCAAGCGGGGCUACCGAAGCCGAGUUUGAUGCUGCUCUGGACGAUGCGAUUGAAGCUGCAUAUGACGAUGGAUACGAGCCGGAGCCGGAGCCGGAAUACCUUGGACACCGUUACCGCGACACCCCAGAGGACUCGGUCGCAAAAACGCUACGACGGGUUGAGAUGGCUAGGGAAUUGGUUAGAGAAUCCGAGAGAGAGGCACUCGAGCUGGCCAACGAGAGGGAGAAGAGGCUACGACUUCAGCAGGAGUUGGAGGACGAGGAAUAUCGGAGGCAAGAGGGAAUGGGCGAGGACUUCUUCGACGGCGCUGACUCGGAAGAGGAGGAGCGCCUCUUGGAGGAGAUGACGAAGGGCGGUGCCAUCGAGGACUUCGCACUCGGCGGCUUGUCAAGACGACCGGUCCCGCGGGAGUCUGACUCGAGCGGGAUGACUGGACGAACCUGGCACAGUUCCAUGGGCUCCAACCCACCGACCGGCACGACCCUCCUCACCCCGGUCAGCGAGGACAACGUUCUUCCCGGGCCCACGGGUCCAUUACCGGCCCUACCACCUCACGCCACUGCGCAAAUGCCUCCGCAACCGCAGUCUGCGGGCUCUCAGAGCUUGGGGCAGAGUGUCCGAAAUCGUCGUCUUUCCGGACAGAACGCCAAAGAACUCAAAAUUGAGACCACCAAGCUGGCCCCGACAGCGCCGGCAACGGCCGGGCCAUCCAUCCCAGGCCAUACCAAAGCGGGCAAUUACAUUGUACAGCAACGCCAGGCCCUCUCAGCGGGCACAAACCGCACCACUGGUCCAUUCUCGGCGAGGCCAGGCCCGUCGCCUGUUCCAAAGCCGCUGGAAGAGGAACCGGAAGACGAGUCGGUACCGCCAAUCCCUCCUCAAGAUGACUACCCGCGUGUUGGCACCCCAUCUGUCAUCCGCCCAAAUCUUCGAAAGAACUACUCGUCGUCCAGCCUAAAGAGCCUCAAGACGCGGAACCUGUCUAUCUCGCACCUGGAAGAAUCAUCAGAUCUCUCGCCCAGCACACCGUUCAGCAACCAAUUUGGAGCCCGCCUCCCCGCCGUCCCGUCCCUGCCCGCGGGCGUCGUCAAGGACCGCGCAAACAGCGCCACCGCCCAGGGGCUUCACCUCUUCGAAAGCCACUUCCACGCGCCCGAAACCCCCGGCUCGCCCAACUCAACGACGCCAGACGCCCCCGCGCCGCUCGAGCCCUGCCCCAACGACGUCAUGCUCCGGCCGUUCUGGCUCAUGCGCGCCCUCUACCAAACCCUCUGCCACCCGCGCGGCGGCUACCUCAGCAACAAGCUGUUUGUCCCGCGCGACGUGUGGCGCGUCAAGGGCGUCAAGCUGCGCAACGUCGAGGACAAGAUUGCUAACUGCGACCUGCUCACGGCCGCGCUGCAGAAGCUGGCGAGGGUGGAUAACUGCGACGCCGACGCCGUGCUCGAGGAGAUGCAGGCGCUGGAGGGCGUGCUGGAGCAGGUACAGGCGACGCUGGCGAGGAAGUUGGGGAGCGAGGUCGGCGUGCAGGGCGCCGGGGUCAUGUUCAAGGAUGCUGUUGUUGUGGGGGUUGGGGCGGAUGCCGCGGAUGCGGCGUCUAUGCCGAGGUCUGCGAGCGUCGCUGGGAAGGGGAGUAGUUUCUCGUGGCGGAGGCUGAGGAGCAAGAAUAGCUCGGCCAAUUUGCCAGCGUUGGCGACGGCAUAUGGUGGGAAGGGAGGGAGUGGCGGUGCUGCGGGUGUCGGUGGCGGGGCCAGCUCGACGAAUGUGGGUGAUGGUGCCGGCAAGGAUACGGUGUUGCCGAGCUUGCCCAUGACGAGUCAUCCGACCAGCAGGCCGACCAAGAGGGAUGUGGGCAGCGUGUCAUUUGCGGGUCCCAACGCGAAUUAUAUGUCUUCGCUGGCGAAGCUGUUUGAUGCCGCGCAGACAGUGGAUCAAAUCGCCCGGCAGGUGGAUGACCCCGGCCUGCGGCACGCCGACAAGACGCAGGUCGGCCUCGAGCUGUGCACGCGGCAUGCGGCCGAAUUCUUUGCCUUUUAUAUAUGCCGGUUCGUGCUAUCAGACUUGACGAUGUUGUUGGACAAGUUCAUCAAGCGCGGGACCGAAUGGGUGAUCACGUAACGCCGGCUCCCCUGAUCGAUGACAUUCUAUAAUACGGCGGUUCCAGUUAUGGCAGCGCUGGAUGCAACAGUGUGGUAGAUGGUGUCAAUGAUGGAGACUGGUUAGAGAAGUGUCUAGCAUGCGAUUCAAGGCGGCGUGGUGACCGGCAUGAGCAACGCACCGUCACGCAGAUAUGGAUGAUCAAGCAUGGGGUUCCUGUAUAAUGCAUUGAUGGAGAAGAGGAUUGUGUCAUGAUGAGAAGGAUGCACAAUGGUUGGGAAGUUGGAAGAGAACGCCCUCCGACUUGAACGCUUGGGAUUUUGUUCAUUGCUGGAGCUUGGAGAGGUGUCUAGACAGACCAUCAUUGCUCGAAGUAGCUGUAUAUAGUUUCAGCACUGUCUAUAUCCAGCAUGGUACACCAUUUCGAC